CGUUUCUGCAUGCAGGCACGACCGUAAUCCACGCCGACGCAUGCCGCAGAAACCUGUGGCAUACGCAGCGGAAUAUGAAUUCCCGGACGAGAACUCUGUCGCAAUGCGAAGGAGAAAGCACUCGGACGCGAUGCACCAAGAGCACAUGCGAACGAUGCAGCCUCCGAUGAAGAAGGACCUUACCACGGUGCCCGUGGUCAAGUCUCCCAACAAAAAGAAGCAGCAACUUGUCCAAGACCGACAGCUUUCCAUCGCCACUGAAAACGAGCACUUGGUGGACAAAAUGCAGCGUAUCAUGACCCGAACCGACGACUGUUUCCACGUGCAAAACUCGCCCAUUGUGAAGCCAUCGAACCAGCCAUUUCGCCAAAAGAUAUACUCUCACAUUCAAAAGCAAAAUCGAGCGAUCAAGCACCACCUCCAUAACGUCAAGGGCACGUACAGCACCGCUCAAUGGAAGCGAGAAGCAGACGAAGCCGAGCGCUUGUCACGACAGAUCUCCAAAGCCCCGAAACGAGUCAAAGUGAAACAAGGAUUGAAGCACAUGCAGCACCAGCCAACGAAGAACUAUCAGGACGACCCGACGCCCGAGUUUGAAUUUUUAGUGCUCAACGACAUCGACGAGGCCGUGCCCAUGCGAACGGCAAAGGAAAUCAAGGAGCACAUUCAGUCCAAGCUGCCGCUUAUUCACAACAAGGCAGAGGUGUACCUAGCCAAAGAAAUCAAGAAACCAGACCCGUUUCACGUGCCCCGACGACCCUUUGAAUAGUCCACGACGACAUGGAGUUGCUACAGUAUUUUUGCCACACUCGAACCUCCUUUUGGCGAAAGCACAACCCCCACCGAUGCUUCUCCUUGGACAAACACGUGAUGCAGUUUUAACUUGACGGGAACAACACCAAUGUAAGGGGCAGUGUAUAGUAUUGAUUGGAUUAUGGCUCAUAUAACAUUAGAUCGUUCCACGAAUGUUGAACUCAACAACCGUGUAGAUUCUGACCUGAAUCCUCCG